AAAGCGGCAGCCCAAUCUGUGUAAACAUCAGCCAUCAUGUUGCGCUUUUGUUUACAUUUUCUACAGUUUUCCACUAUUUUCCAGUCGAACGCUUGCUAUUCCUUGUGCCUAUCGUUUGGGAAUGGAUUGGAGUGGCAGAUCUUAAAACGAACACUGUAGAGGUGGUGCUGGCGGUUCCACAGAAACGUCUUAUCAGAGAAGUGUUGACUACGCGAUGGCGAACGCGACUUGAGCGGGAUAUCGGCCAAAAGCGAAGUUUGCUGUGACAACUCCACGAUUUCUUGGCGGCUCGGCAUCAUCAAUCGUCGCAUCUGCACUGCUUUGCUGCUCGAUACUCUAUUCGUGGACGCGAACACGCUUCUGGCACGAUGAACGCACCGCCGGAAAUCAAGAAGACCAAGGAAGAAGCCCCGGCCGAACUCGAGAGUCAGGUCAUCCUCCGUCUUCCGGGCCAGGUCGCCGCGGCUUUGCGAGCCGCGGUGCGGUCCGGCGUGAUGAACCUCAAAGACCGGCUGUCCAUCCAGCUGGAACCGGACAACCGGCACGGCACGGUGCGUUUCGACCGCUGGAGCCUGUCGGCGCGCGUCGUCGACCUGCCGUCCAUCAUCGAGUCGCACAAGACGCUCGACCGCAAGACCUUCUACAAGACGGCCGACGUGGCGCAGUUGAUGAUCUGCAAGGAAGAGGACGGCGCGGAGGACGAAGAGGCGAAGAAGGCGGCCGCCGCGGACGACGAGGAGUCGCUGCGCCGCAAAGAACGCAAAGACGCCAAGGACAAGAAGUACCAGUACCCGCACGGCAUCACGCCCUCGCUGAAGAACGUGCGCAAGCGACGCUUCCGCAAGGUGCUCAAGAAGAAGUACGUCGACUUCCCGGAGAUCGAGAAGGAAGUAAAGCGACUCUUCCGCAUGGACAACGAAGCCAUUUCAAUCCGCUAUGAGGUGGUCAACGCCGACGACGACAAGGGAAGUGAUGGCAAGGUUGAUGGAACUGAAGUGCCUGGUGGGGGCUCUGGCGAGCCUCAUGUGAGUGGCGGCUUCGGCUCACCUUCCGUGAGCGCACUGCUCAACAGCAACUCGCAGAGCAUGGACGUCGGUGAACACGACCUCUUCGGUGAAGCUUUGAGCAGCUCUGACGAGGAUGACGUCAACAUCGUCGACUCGGGCGGGGAGGAGGAGCUCUCAUCACGGCCUCCAAAGCAGAGGCAUCCAUCGUUGUCGGGAAAACGGGACGGCGGCUCUUCACCGGACAUGGUGACUGACUUCCGGCGGGGCAUGCUGGCAGCCACCGAUAAGAUGACGUCUGGUGCGAGCACCAGCGCAGCGGCAACGGCGGCGGCAACAAGUUCGCUUGUGGACGAGUAUGUCGAUGACCCCGAUUACGGCGAUGACAAGGAAGUUAUCGAGUUUGCCACCAAGAAGGAGGAAGACGAUGACGUUGAUGAACCGGAGCAGGACAACUCCGCGCUCUUGAACCGGUUGUCGGAUUUGGAACGGGAGAUCGCGCAACUGCAGGAACGAAGGCAGGCCCAGGAGCUUGAGAUAGCAUCGAUAGAGAACCAGGCGCUCAAGCAACGGUUCCAGAAUAUUGUCAACACUCUCAAGAUGGAAGAGAGUGAGAAGCAGAGGGAGUAUGAUGACAUCGUGUCGCUGCUUCACCAAUGAUCGUGCUGCUAUGGAGAUGUACUGAUGUACUGGAAAGUUUUCAUAAAGUUAAUACCUCUCAUUGGCCUUGCCUGUAGGAUGAAGACCUGUUUGUGAUCUCCCAAGAAAUACAUUCUUGCAAUUUGUGGGACCACAGUGCUGCUUUUCCAGAUGUGGUGACUGUUUGAAGGUGUUGUUGGUGACUGUAGACAGAUUGCUAUUCUUUUUCUUUUUGCAUGAAAAUUGUCAUGCAAAGGUUUGACUGCCCAGAUGUUUCUUGAAAGAUUUUUCGCUGUGGGAACAGAGAACAGCAGAUUCUAUUUGAAAAAGUGUCCAGCCUGUUUUUAGAACGUGGAGAUGAAUUAACUGUGUAAAUAUUCUCAACCAUCCGUAGACAAUUUGUAUACACUGGCUUCAUUUCAAAUAAACUGAACCAAAGUUUAAGCAGCCCA